GGGAGGUCGCUCCCGGUUGGUCUUGGCUCGGGUUUUUACGCGUCUCCUCUGAAAAAAACAAAACCCACUUUGCGGUAUUUUUUGGAGUCGAUUUCUUCCAGCACCUGCCCGCGGGGUCCGGAGCUCAAGAAGCGGGAGUCAGGGAGGAGAGAUCCCCCGCAAAGGCGUCAUGGCAGCGGGGAGAAGCGAGGCUGUCUUACGCGCGCACACCUGAGGCUUUCCAGCGGACUUUUAUCGCACCGAUUGCCUUCGAACUUGUUUCUUUUCAACGGGAAUCGUUAUUAUCUCCCCUCAAGGGACUAUUUCUGGCUUUCUUUUUUUUUUUUUUUUUUUUUUGGCGUUUGUUGAAGCUUGCAUAGGACAAUGAUGAUGCUGUCUGCUUGCGUCCGGCUGGCCAUCAUCCUGCGUUGUGCGUCUCUCACCAGCGGACAUUUGGCAGAAGAUCCCUUGCCUAAAAUGUGGCCCUCAGAGAGUCCCCUCAUUCUUCACCAUGGCGAUGCUCUGAAUCUCACAUGCAGGGGCCACGGACCGCUGCGCUGGACACUUCCGACCCCGGUGGACUCUCGCCGAUCUCUCCCCAAGGAGGGCAUGAAGGUGCAGCAGUGCGAGUCCAGGCGUCACACUCACUGCAGCAAACUGCUCAUCACGCACAUGACCGCCAAUCACACGGGGAACUACAGCUGCAGUUACACCGCGGAUGGCUCGGACUACACCGCAUCCACCUACGUCUACGCCACAGAUCCUGAGCAGCCUUUCGUGGAGCCCCAUGAUCAGACACCCUACGUCCUGGGCAUCUACAGACAUGAGACCAGUCUUCUGAUACCGUGCCGCACAUCCUCCCCCAGUUUUCUCACAAAUCUACAGGCGGACCCACUUUUUACGGGGAAAGUUGUCAGGGAAAUCAAAUGGGAUCCAAAGGAUGGCUUCAGAAUCCCCUACGGUCCCUCUGCCGUGUACACCAAGUUGUUCUGCACCACCAUCGUCAACGGGCGGGAGUUCCACUCGGACUACAUGGUCCGGAGACAGUCUACUUUCCUGGAGAACGUGAAGGUCACCCCAGAGCGGGUUCGACUGUUGGUCGGAGACACGCUGGUCCUCAACUGCACCGGGCAGACCACCUUUAACGAAAGAAUCAGUUUUUCCUGGGAUUUCCCAAGAAAGAAGGAAAAUCGCCAUUUCACACAGGCCAAAAUGGAACGCCCGGCUGUGGUUUUUACAAUGAGCAGGGUCCUGGUGCUGCCCAACGUCACCAUGGAGGACAGGGGCUCGUACCGCUGCAAGGCGGAGACUUUGCCAAUAAAACACAAGAACUUCACCGCCAAAGUGAUCGUCUUCGAGCACCCCUUCAUCAACGUCUCCUACAAGCACGAGCAGAGCGGCGCGGUGGUUGUGAAAGAGGGCCGGAAGAAGCUGGUGUUUGAGCCCAAAGUGAACGCGCUGCCACCUCCAGACAUGAUGACAUGGUAUAAAGAUGAUGUCGCCAUCCUGAAGAACUCCACCUGCUUCAAGAUUUCUGGUUUCAGCUUGAUCAUCGCCGAUCUCCAGCGGAAUCAUGCCGGGGUCUACACCAUAAGCCUCGGCAACCGAGCCAGGGGCCUUCACCGGAAUCUGAGCUACACACUGCAAAUUGAAUUGAAGCCGACCAUUACCGAGGCGGAGUUUGCCGGCGCGGACGUUCAGCCCUACAUGCUCGGGAGGCGGCACCAGCUGGACUGCACUGCCUACGGCUGGCCCCUGCCCAACAUUACCUGGCUCUGGCAACCCUUCCAGCACAGCCCCGACCAUAAAAACCACGUGGUCUUCCCCAAGCCGGUGGUGGUCAACAUUACCCAGAAGGGAGAACACAACAACUGGGUGAAGAGCAUCACCACCAGGCCUGAACAGAUCAAAGGGAAAAACAAGACCGUGAGCACCCUGGUGGUAGGAGAAGCCAGCGUCUCAGGAAAUUACACCUGUUUGGCCCAGAAUGAAGAAGGCAAAACCACAAUGGCUUUUCCUUUCUACGUAACUGAUCACCAGGACGCCAUAUCCAUCCAGCCUCAGUCUGCCCUGGAGAGAGACCACGUCACCUUGAGCUGCCGGGCCUCGCGUUACCUUUACACACACCUGCAGUGGUUGGAUUCCGGGAAUCGCACCAUCACCUCAAAUGUGUCCAUGCCUCAGUUCAGCCUUUACUCCAUUUCCAUUUCCCUCCACCUGCACAAUGUGAGCAGAAACGGCAGCGCAGGCUACAAGUGUCGGGCUUAUAAGCAGCGAAAUAAGGUGGAGGUCAAGUCAGCGGAUCUGAAUGUGAUUGCCAGAAGACAUCCCUGGCUGGGUCAAAACCUCACCAAUCAGGAGGUGAACAGUAGCAACACCCUGGUGCUGACUUGCCUGGCACACGGGGUCCCUCAGCCCAACAUCACAUGGUACAAGAACAGUGUGAUACUGGAGGAAGGCCCAGGCAUCAACGUGUGGCAUGACGGCGCUCUGAUCAUUGAGAGGGUGAAGAAGGACGACGAGGGUCUGUACGAGUGCGUGGCCACCAACACCGAGGGCCUCGUCAAAAGCAGCGCCUUCGUCACCGUGCUUGGGGAAGAAGGAAAGCCUAACGUGGAAGUCAUCAUCCUGGUGUGCACCGGUGCUGCCGCCACCUUCCUCUGGCUCAUGCUCAUUCUCUUCAUCCGCAAGCUGAGGAAGCAACCAGCCCACUAUAAAAUGGGUCCGUCUAUCAUCAUCGACCCUGAUGAGUGUCCACUUGACGAGCAGAACGACCUUCUUCAGUAUGACAGCAGCAAGUGGGAGUUUCCUCGGGACCGCCUGCGACUAGGCAAAACUCUCGGCCACGGUGCUUUUGGGAAAGUGGUGGAGGCUUCUGCCUUCGGGAUUGACAAACUCUCCACCUGCAAGACUGUCGCCGUCAAGAUGCUGAAAGGUGGCGCCACGUCCAACGAGCGCAAAGCCCUGAUGUCAGAGUUAAAGAUCCUGAUCCACAUUGGCCACCACCUCAACGUGGUCAACCUGCUGGGAGCGUGCACCAAGCCUGGAGGGCCGUUGAUGAUGAUCGUGGAGUUCUGCAAAUACGGCAACCUGUCCAACUACCUGAGAGGCAAGCGGGAGGACUUUGUCGUCUACAAGAGCCAGGACGGCAAGAGGGUGUCGCCGGACUGCGAGCUGAGCGAGCUGAUGAAGCGGCGCCUGGAGAGCGUGGCCAGCACGGGAAGCUCGGCCAGCUCGGGUUUUAUCGAGGACAAGAGCUACUGCGACUCGGAGGAAGAGGAAGAAGAGUCCGAGGAUUUGUACAAGCGAGUCCUGACGCUGGAAGAUUUAAUCUGCUACAGUUUCCAGGUGGCAAAAGGCAUGGAGUUCUUGGCCUCUCGCAAGUGCAUUCAUCGGGAUUUGGCCGCACGAAACAUCCUCCUCUCUGAGAAUAAUGUGGUGAAAAUUUGUGAUUUUGGACUAGCCAGAGACAUCUACAAGGAUCCUGAUUAUGUGCGCAAGGGAGAUGCCCGGCUGCCGCUCAAGUGGAUGGCUCCCGAGGCCAUUUUUGACAAGGUGUACACCACUCAGAGCGACGUGUGGUCCUUCGGCGUGCUCAUGUGGGAGAUCUUCUCGUUGGGUGCUUCACCGUACCCCGGCGUCCAAAUUGACGAGGAAUUUUGCUGCAGACUGAAAGAGGGCACGCGGAUGAGAGCUCCAGAAUACUCGUCCUCUGAAAUAUAUCAGACCAUGUUGGACUGCUGGCAGGGGGAACCACAGGAGAGGCCCACCUUCACCGAGCUGGUCGAAAGACUGGGAGAUCUGCUCCAGGCCAGCGUGCAACAGGAGGGGAAACAUUACAUACCCAUCAACACCGCCCUGCUGGCCAAGGUGGGAGACAUCACUGCCAGUCAGAUGCCAGAGGACACGCCCACCCGGCCCGUCUCGCUGCGCCACUCGGGCGGAACAUGGAACGUCAAGAUCCGUCCGGCGAGUGUGAAGACCUUCGACGAGGUCACGAUGGAGAGCGGGAGAAAUGAGGGUCAUGAGGGCGGACAGUCCGACAGCGGGAUGGGCCUCUCGUCUGACAACAUGAAUACUCUGAAGAGACUCGAGUCGCUGGCUGGCCGACCUCUGAGCAUCAUGGCUCUGGCCAUGAAGGCCGUGAGCAAGAGCAAAGAGUCAGUGCUGACCGACUCGGACAAGGACAAGUUCUCGCCCAACGUCCCCCCUCUGGACUUCAGUCUGGACGACUCUGCGUUGGACGCCGAGCUGGAGUGCCACAGCCCGCCGCCUGACUACAACUACGUGGUGCGCUACUCCACGCCACCUGUGUAAGCUCUGACCGGGAGCCCGCCAGGGGCUUUAUGUCUUUGGGCUUGGUCACGAUCCGCUUUUGUGGACACCUUUUUUUUUGCGCCGCCCUGGGAGACGAGGAGAGGCUCGUUUUGAUGUGAAAGGACCGAGGAGUCCACUGCGCCGCGGACUCUGCAGGCGUUUCCGGGCACGGGUGUUCGGCGGGUGAUGACAGGCUCAGGUAUUUUAGUCAGCUUUUUUAGCGUCUACUGUGAAUUUACUCCAUUACACUUCCAUUGCCGGCCUUGCAUCAUUUAGAGACUGGGGAUAUUUUUAGAAGCAUCAACGCCUUGAUUACCCUUUAAGAGUUAUUACCAAAUAAUGGAUGUUUUAGAUUUAUUUAUGGUCAAAGGUUUACAUACACUUCUAAAGAUCAUGUCGUGGCGAUCUUGAGUUUCCAAUCAUUUCUACAACUGUUAUUAUUUUGUGAUAGAGUGAUUGGAGCACUCACUGUGGGGCUGUAUACCUCAGUUGGGCCAACAACUUGAGGGUUCCAGGUUCGAUCCCCACUUCCCCUGUCCUAGUCACUGCCGUUGUGUCCUUGGGCAAGACACUUUACUCACCAGCUCCCAGUGACCACCCACAGUGCUUUAAAUGUAACUUAGAUCAAUCAAUCAAUCAAAAUGUAUUUAUAUAGCCCUAAAUCACGAGUGUCUCAAAGGGCUGCACAAGCCAAAACGACAUCCUCGGCUCAGAUCCCACAUCAGGGCAAGGAAAAACUCAACCCAAAGGGACAAUGAGGAACCUUGGAGAGGACCGCAGAUGUGGGCGACCGGUGCAAUGGACGUUGAGUGGAUCUCGCAUACUAUUGUGAGAGUCCAGUCUAUAGUGGAUCUAACAUAGUAGUGUGAGAGUCCAGUCCAUAUUGGAUCCAACAUAAUAGUGAGAGUCCAGUCCGUAGUGGAUCCAACAUAAUAGUGAUAGUCCAGUCCAUAGUGGAUCCAACAAAAUAUAGUGAGAGUCUAGCCCAUAGUGGAUCUAACAUAAUAGUGAGAGUCCAGUCCAUUGUGGAUCUAACAUAAUAGUAAGAGUCCAGUCCAUAGUGGAUCUAACAUAAUAGUGUGAGAGUCCAUUCCACAGUGGAUCUAACAUAAAAGUGAGAGUCCAGUCCAUAGUGGAUCUAGCAUAAUAGUGAGAGAGUCCAGUCCAUAGUGGAUCUAACAUAACAGUGUGAGAGUCCAGUCUAUAAUGGAUCUAUUAUUAUAGUGAGAGUCCAGUCCAUAGUGGAUCUAACAUAAUAGUGAGAGUCCAGUCCAUUGUGGAUCUAACAUAAUAGUAAGAGUCCAGUCCACAGGGGAUCUAACAUAAAAGUGAGAGUCCAGUCCAUAGUGGAUCUAGCAUAAUAGUGAGAGAGUCCAGUCCAUAGUGGAUCUAACAUAACAGUGUGAGAGUCCAGUCUAUAAUGGAUCUAUUAUUAUAGUGAGAGUCCAGUCCAUAGUGGAUCUAACAUAAUAGUGAGAGUCCAGUCCAUAGUGGGUCUAACAUAAUAGUGUGAGAGUCCAGUCCAUGGUGGAUCUAACAUAAUCGUGAGAGUCCAGUCCAUAGUGGGUCUAACAUAAUAGUGUGAGAGUCCAGUCCAUAGUGGAUCUAACAUAAUCGUGAGAGUCCAGUCCAUAGUGGGUCUAACACAAUAGUAAGAGUCCAGUUCAUAUUGGAUCUAACAUAAUAGUGUGAGAGUCCAGUCCAUAGUGGACCUAACAUAAUAGAGUCCAGUCCAUAGUGGAUCUAACAUAAUAGUGUGAGAGUCCAGUCCAUAGUGGAUCUAACAUAAUGGUGAGAGUCCAGUCCAUAGUGGAUCUAACAUAGUCGUGAGAGUCCAGUCCAUAGUGGAUCUAACAUAAUAGUGAGAGUCCAGUCCAUAGUGGGUCUAACAUAAUAGUUUGAGAGUCCAGUCCAUAGUGGAUCUAACAUAAUCGUGAGAGUCCAGUCCAUAGUGGGUCUAACAUUAUCGUGAGAGUCCAGUCCAUAGUGUGUCUAACACAAUAGUAAGAGUCCAGUUCAUAUUGGAUCCAACACAAUAGUGUGAGAGUCCAGUCCAUAGUGGAUCUAACAUAAUAGUAAGAGUCCAGUCCAUAGUGGAUCUAACAUAGUCGUGAGAGUCCAGUCCAUAGUGGAUCUAACAUAAUAGUGAGAGUCCAGUCCAUAGUGGGGGCCAGCAGGAGACAUCCCGAAUGGAGACAGUUCAGCAGCGCAGAAACGUCUCCAACCGAUGCACGGGCGAGCGGUCCAGCCCGGGUCCCGACUUUGGACAGCCAGGGCUUCAUCCGUGGCCACUGAACCUGCCCCCCACCCUUCCACAAAGAAGAGAGGGGGGAAAGCAGAAAAGAAACGGCAGAUCAACUGGUCUAAAAAGGGGGUCUAUUUAAAGGCUAGAGUAUACAAAUUAGUUUUAAGAUGGGACUUAAAUGCUUCUACUGAGGUAGCAUCUCUAACUGUUACCGGGAGGGCAUUCCAGAGUACUGGAGCCCCAAUAGAAAACGCUCUACAGCCCGCGGACUUUUUUUGGGGUCUGGGAAUCACUAAUAAGUCGGAGUUCUUUGAACGCAGAUUUCUUGGUAUAUAGAUAUUGGGUUUCACUAUGUAAAAGCGCUUUGAGUUACUACAGAAAAAGCGCUAUAUAGAUAUAAACUCACUUCACAUUUCACUCGAAUGUUGUUGGUCACAAAAAACAUUCAUGAACUUUGGUUCUUAUAUGAAUUUAUUAUGGCUCUGUGAGCAAAUGUGCUGGGUCAAAAGUAUACGUACAGCAAUGUUAAUAUUUGCUUACAUGUCCCUUGGCAAGUUUCACUGCAAUAAGGCGCUUUUGGUAGCCAUCCACAAGCUUCUGCUUGAAUUGUUGACCACUCCUCUUGACAAAUUGGUGCAGUUCAGGUAAAUGUGUUGGUUUUCUGACAUGGACUUGUUUCUUCAGCAUUGUCCAAACGUUUAAGUCAGGACUUAGAGAAGGCCAUUCUAAAACCUUCAUUCCAACCCUGAUUUAGCCAUUCCUUUACCACUUUUGACGUGAGUUUGGGUGUCAUUGUCCUGUUGGAACACCCAACUGCGCCCAAGACCCAACCUCCGGGCUGAUGAUUUCAGCUCGUCCUGAAGAAUUUGGAGGUAAUCCUCCUUUCUCAUUGUCCCAUUUACUCACCAGUUCCAUUGGCAGCAAAACAGGCCCAGAGCAUAAUACUACCACCACCAUGCUUGACGGUAGGUCUUGUGUUCCUGGGAUUUUGUCCUCCAAACAUAUUGCUGGGUAUUGUGGCCAAACAGCUCCAUUUUUGUUUCAUCUGAAAUCACAUGGGCACAGAGAAGACCUUGUGGAGGGGGUCCGGUCCGAUGGCCAUGGAUGAAGUACCGGCUGUUCAGAGUCGGGACCGAGGAUGGACCGCUCGCCUGUGUAUUGGUUGGGGACAUCUCUACGCUGCUGAUCCGCCUCCGCUUGGGAUGGUUUCCUGUGGGCGGGACUCUCGCUGCUGUCUUGGAUCCGCUUCAAACUGAACUCUCGCGGCUGUGUUGGAGCCACUAUGGAUUGAACUUUCACAAUAUCAUGUUAGACCCGCUCGACAUCCAUUGCUUUCGGUCCCCUGGUUGCCCACAUAUGAGGUCCUCUCCAAGGUUCUCAUAGUCAUCAUUGUCACUGGCGUCCCACUGGGUGUGAGUUUUUCCUUGCCCUUAUGUGGGUUCUUCCGAAGGAUGUCAUAGUGGUUUGUACAGUCCUUUGAGACAUUUGUGAUUUAGGGCUAUAUAAAUAAACAGUGAUUGAUUGUUCGAUUGAAGUUCUGUGGAUGGCUAAAAACGCCUAAUUGCAGUGAAACUUGCCAAGGGACAUGUAAGCAAAUUGUUAGGAACUCGCAUGGCUGCCAUUUUUGUGACCCCAAGAUGCAGGAACCAGGAGAGCGAAGAGAAGGCAAAAUGAGUUUUAUUACUCAGAGAGGAGAAAGCAGUCUUGCAUGAAACGUUCCAAACUUAGUGUGAUCUUCGAGCACUGAGGAGUGCUCGAGUGAAAACAUAAAUAGACAUAUUGGCAGCCGGUCCACACCUGCUGCCAAUCAACGGGAGGAAGGAGAAAACCGUGCGCCGCGGAACAAACAGGAAAUUUAACAAAAUAAGAGCACUGACAGGAAGUAAAUACAAAAACAAGGAAAACCAACAGAAAUGGAUAUUAACAUUGCUGUAUGUAUACUUUUGGCCCAGCAGAUUUGGUCACAUUUUCAGUAGACUCCUAAUAAAUUUAUAAAAGAACCAAACUCUAAUCACAAUAUCACAAAAACUAAGAGUUGUAGAAAAUAUUGGAAACUCCAGACAGCCAUGACAUUAUUUUCUUUACAAGUUUACGGAAACUUUUAACCACGACUGUAUUACAACCGUUUUGUGUUUUUUAUUCGUUUAUUCUUUAUCGUUUAAUUUCUAUUUUUAUAAAUAAGCGGCGGGCCAAUGAAAAAUGCUUUAAAUUGAGUUUGACCUUAAACUUUUUGAAUAGUAAUUUUGUUGUUGCACAAUUAGGAUGUUUUUGUCCCCCAAACGCACUAGUAAACAUGAAGUAUGUAUUUAUUUUUUGUAAACACUGUUAGUAAAUAGUCCAUUUCUGUGCGGCGUGAUGUUUAACCAAAGGUUACCGUUCCAUCCUGUCACUUCACUGCCAGAUGUUUAUGCUGCUGCGUUCGCCGACAUGAAGUUUUUCGGCAGGUCCCCCCCCCCCCGACCACAGGGCUGGCUACACACGUGCGUGUAAAGUCCGCUCUUGCAUUUUGUAAAAUCCUCUUAUUUUGACAGCAUUUUAUUUUGCAAGUGAAGAAUUCUGUGGGUCAAGCAAUCAAAAACACUUCUCCUUUCAUGACCAUGAAGGAGUACAGUGAGCCAUUGUGGAACAUUUUAUGCGCAGAGGAAAUGAUUAUGCACUGAUACUUUAUAUAAAUAUAUGUUUUUGUAUUCUAGUGGUAUGUUAUAUUUUUAUCAAAUAGGGUUGAGGUUCACACGUCUUCAUAACAUUAACACCUAACUGCUUCACUAGCCUAACAUUUACAGUAUUUGUAUGCUCAUGUUGUAAAGUCCAAGCUUCAUGUAAGCAUGUUCGGAAUGAAGAUGACAAGUAUGAAUGAAGCUAAUCUGGAUUUUUAUUUUUUAUUUUACGUACAGCAUGUAAUAACCUGCAGCGGUUAAAAACCUAGUUUAUUUUUCAUUCUCCUUCAUUCAUGUAGUGUAACACGCUUUAUAUUUGUCAUUCCCAAACACUGUUACUGAACAUAUGAAGUCAAUGAAUAAAUAAAGAUUUAUAUAUUUAUACUUUAAA